AUGACUGAUUUAGUGUAUGUUCUGAUCUUCAAGUAUCAAGUGAAGGAACCUAUCACAAAAGUAGAAAUGUUAAAGAUUGUCAGCAAAGAAUACAAGAAACAAUUCCAUGUGAUCUUUAUGGAUGCUUCUAAGUGCUUGUACAUGCUUUUUGGCAUUGAUGUAAAGGAAGACUGUGCCAUAAGAAACUCCUAUGUCCUUGUCAAUUCACUGAACCUCACCUAUGAAGAAAAGCUGAGUAGAGGGUGAAGAAUGCCUAGAAAUGGCUUCCUAAUAGUUAUUCUGGGCUUGAUAUUCAUGAAAGGAAACUGUGCUUCUGAAGAAAGUGUCUGGGAAUUCCUGAAUACAGUGGGAGUAUAUGAUGGGGAUGACCACCCCAUCUAUAGAGAGCCUGGAACAUUUCUGACCAGAGCUUUGGUGCAACAAAAAUAUUUGGCAUAUCAACAGGUGCCUACCAGUCAUCCUCCAUCCUUUGAGUUCUUGUGGGGUCCAAAAGCCCAUGCUGAAAUGACCAAGAUGAAAGGUCUGGAAUUUUUGGCAAGGAUCAAUGAGUGUGAUCCACUUUCUUUUUUAUUUUUGUAUGAAGAGGCUUUAAGAGAUGAGGAAGAGAGGGCCUGUGCCCAAA